CAUCCCGGGCCAUCCAUACAAAAAUGGGCCGUAUAAUUAUCAAAGGAGGUGUAUGGAAGAAUACGGAAGAUGAGAUUCUGAAAGCAGCAAUCUGUAAAUACGGAAAGAACCAAUGGGCCAGAAUAUCUUCUUUGUUGGUUCGAAAGACACCGAAGCAGUGUAAAGCAAGAUGGUAUGAAUGGUUAGAUCCAUCGAUCAAAAAGACGGAAUGGAGUAAAGAAGAAGAUGAAAAGUUGUUACAUCUAGCUAAACUUAUGCCAACACAAUGGAGAACUAUUGCACCAAUUGUUGGAAGAACGGCAACACAAUGUUUGGAAAGAUAUCAAAAAUUGCUGGACGAAGCCGAACAAAGAGAAAAUGAAGAUGGCGCAGGUCCAAGUGGAUCAGGUCUGGCAUUGACAGGUCCUGAUGGUGGUGAAAGUGCACCUUCAGCCGAUGAAGUACGAAGAUUACGACCAGGUGAAAUAGAUCCAGAUCCCGAAACAAAGCCUGCAAGGCCAGAUGCAGUGGAUAUGGAUGAAGAUGAAAAAGAAAUGUUAAGUGAAGCAAGAGCGAGAUUGGCAAAUACACAAGGAAAGAAAGCCAAACGAAAAGCCAGAGAGCGUGCAUUGGAGGAGGCAAGAAGGUUGGCUAUGCUACAAAAGAAGCGUGAGUUGAAGGCUGCCGGAAUCAAUGUACAACAAAAGAAGCCAAAGAAGGGAAUGGAUUAUAUGACCGAUAUUCCAUUCGAGAAGCAGCCUGUGGCGGGAUUCUAUGAUACAUUAGAAGAGGAUUCUAGAGCAAUUCGUGCUCCCGUUGGAAGAUCAAUCGGACAAAUGGACAACCCAGACAAGGCGAAGCGGGAUGAAGAGGAAAAGAUAAGGCAAAAGAAAGAAGCUGAGAGAAAGAAGCAAAGCGAAGAGGGAAAAGCGGCAUUCUCGAAACAGAAAGAAGAGCAAUUGCGAAAAUUGCAAGAAAGCGAACAAAUAAGUAAGAGAAGGAAGCUUAAUCUGCCAGAAGCUCAGGUUGGACAGAGAGAGCUGGAUGAGAUUGUCAAGAUGGGAUUGGCAAGUGAAACAGCACGCUCACUUGUCACAGGAGCUGAUGGCGGCGAUGAAAGUAGCCGAGGUCUCUUGGGAGAUUACUCUGCCCUCCAACAUGUCCGUGAUGCCCGAACACCCAAGACUGCUCCUCAAGAUGAUACAGUAAUGCGUGAGGCUCGUAACUUGAGAAAUAUGGCAAAUCUACAAACGCCUUUAUUGGGUGAUGCUAAUGUGGAAAUGCAUUCAGGUACGGGUAAUACAACCGCUCUUCCGUCCCACCAAGUUGCUCAAACACCCAAUCCUCUCCUUACCCCUCGCAAUGGCAUUGAUGGAAGGGAAAGUGGUAGCAGGACACCACAAAGUGUAUCUACUAGUAGUGUCAGAGGCUCGAGUAUUGCAUCAACUCCGAUGCGAACUCCACUGCGAGAUAGCUUCGGCUUGAAUAUGGACGAUAGCAUGUCAAUGAUUGGCGGUGUUGAUUCUUCGAAAGAGAUGAAGAGAGCAGCUCAAGCAGCUAGAGCUCGAUUACAACAAGGUUUCAUGGGCUUACCCGCCCCAAAGAAUGACUUUGAUCUUGUAUUGGAUGAGGAUCAAGAAGAGGAGGCGCAAAAGGGAGACGCUGAUGAUCAAGCUGCACUUGUGGAAGAAGACGAAGCAGAUCGUGAAGCCAAGUUGGCUAAAUUAGAGGAAGAAGAGCGAAAGAAGGAGUUUGCACGUAGAAGUCAAGUCGUUCAACGAAAUUUGCCAAGGCCAGCAAAUGUAGAUAUCGAGGCAAUGCUAAGAGCGAUCGGUCCAGCACCUUCGCUCGGUUCUGACAUAGCUUUGCGAGUGCAUCACUUGAUCGCAGAGGAAAUGGCACAUCUUGCCAAACACGAUUCCAUACUUUAUCCAAUCGCCGGUAGUACAGCUACUGGUGGAAUGAAGUCAGGUUUGUCUAUCAUUCCUGAUGAGAACCUGUCAGCUGCAAAAGAGUUGGUUCGAUCGGAACUUAUGCAACAAUUGGGCGUCACGAAAGAGGAAGGGAACCAAGAAGAAUCGAUAAGAAGCGCUAUCGAUGACCAUCUCAAUACUGAUACUGAAUCGGGAAGGCAAGCUCUGGCAGAUUUCGAAGAAUCCCUCAAACAAGCCCGAGAGUCAUUGAUGUGGGAUACUAGCAGAGGCGUUUGGUGUGAUCGUUCUUUGUUGAGUUCGAAAUCGAUCAUUGCUGGACAAUCUGCAAGGCUAGAGUCUAUUCGCAAGGAGAUGACCAGAUUAGCAACCCAAUCUGCAAAAGAAGAAAAGAAAUUAGGGAAACUCCUGGGUGGAUACCAGGCCCGUAGUAAAGCCUUAGGUGAUACGAUUCAGCAAUCCUUCCGAACAAUGAGCGAAGGCGAAAUUGAAAAGGAAGCUUACAGACGUUUACACGAAAUUGAAACGAUUUCUAUGGAAGAACGUAUGAAAGCAUUACAGAGCGAAGUGAACACCUUGGAGAGGCGUGAAAAGAUGGCUCAAGGUAUUUACCGUGAUAAUGAUGAAGAAAGGAAAAAGUUACAAGGAGAGAUUGAAUUAUUAGAAGAUGAAAUCGCAAUGCGGGAAGCUGAGCAUCUUAAUGAGGAAGCAUUGCAAAAUGAAGCUUAGUGGAUCUUCUGACAUCUACGUGUAUCAUACUAUGAUUCAAUCAUGUGUAUCAUGUCUGAUAGAUUUUCAUGAAUGGCAAUCAGAUAUAUUCAAUAGAG